AUGGCGCAACGACGUGCUCUGCUCAAGGUCAUCCUGCUCGGCGACAGCGGCGUGGGCAAGACCUCGCUUAUGGACAGAUAUGUGAACAAGAAGUACAGCGCGCAGUACAAGGCCACCAUUGGUGCCGAUUUCCUAACCAAGGAGGUCGAAGUUGAUGGCAAAUUGGUCACUCUGCAGAUCUGGGACACGGCUGGACAGGAGCGCUUCCAGUCCCUCGGCAACUCCUUCUACCGAGGCGCCGACUGCUGCAUCUUGGUGUUCGACGUGACGGUGGCCAAGAGUUUCGAGAGCCUGGACAACUGGAGGAACGAGUUCCUCGUCCAGGCCGCCGUCGGCGGACCCGAGCACUUCCCCUUCGUCGUGCUGGGCAACAAGGUCGAUCAGGAGGACAAGCGAACGGUGAGCGCCAGAUCUGGUAACGCCUGGUGCAGGGAGCACGGCGACGUUCCGUUCUACGAGACGAGUGCCAAGGACGCCACCAACGUGGACCAGGCCUUCUUCAUGGCGGCCAAGCUGGCCAUCUCUAGAAUCCCCGAGGAGCCACCGAUUGACAUUCCCGAUGUCAAGAGGCUCAACGCGUCCUACGAGCCUCAGCCCAAGGGCGGCUGCUGCAGCUAA